AUGGUGGCGGCUGCUCUAAAGGCCUCCGUCGGCCUUCUAUUGCUACUGGUUGGUUUAGCUUCUGGACUACAGUAUGAAAUUCGUGGACACAUUAAUCUCAUUCAAAGCUAUGACAUCCUUCCGGAGUUUUACAACGAGCAAAGUUUCUCAGAAAAAUUGAGCAAAGCUUCUGAUCGGAUGGCUGAGAUUGUGGGAGAAGACUUCAAGAGUUUUUUUGUUCAUGAUUAUGUAAUCCAUGGCCAGGAUACUGCUGUUUUCCAUGCCCGCCUCACUCUCAAUUCGAAUCCUUCGGUUUCCCGCCAAGACAUCAUCGACCGAAUCGUCGCGACUGAAGACGUCCAAAUCUAUUUUCUCAAAAAGAAUGAAGUAGAAGUGCAAGGAAAUAUUGCAUCGAGAUUCCGACCGGUGAGAGCAGAUGUGGAUCAUUGUCUUCAUGGAGGAAUUCUUCUUCCAAACGCCACGUGCUCCUGCCUUCCUUACUAUUCUGGAGCCAAUUGUGAAGUCGUGACAUGCCGUAAUAAUGGAAUUGGUCAGAAUGGAAGGUGCACCUGUCCACCAGGACUCUACUCUGCACAUUGUGAAGCUAGAACCUGCGUUACCAAAAUCAACUCGGUCAUCGACUUCUCCGCCCAAUCUAUGAUCCUUGUCAUCAACACCAGAACUUCUAUGGGAUUCGACCUUAGCACUAUCAUUGAGAACAUCCCGACAUUGGUUCAGGACUAUCAGAACCAGAACAUCCCAAUCGCUAGCUACAUUCUAACUGUGUACAGAUACAGUAGCAAAGGAAAAGUAUAUUUUAUGGAGACGAACUCAUUCACAAAUUCCGCCGAUAUGGUUGACUACCUGUCCAAUGGAGUCACCAUUGCCCUAUCAACAGAUGAUCAACCAACGUUGGAUGCUAUCAAUGCUGCUCAAUCAACACAAGUUUCCAUGCGUCCAAAAUCAAUUGUUUUUGUAUUCGCAGACUCUGAGAAUUUAGAGGAUACAGCUCCCUCUACUAUGCUCACUAACACCAACGAGAGUGUGGUCAUCCAACAAACUCUUGCAUGGAGAAACAAGAUCGUUAUGGUACUUUCGCAAUUUCCAGCCUCCCCAAUCAGCCCAACUGGAAACCACUUUGAUGUGCUCCGACGAGUAAUCACCGCAGUCCACGGAGAUCUAAUGAUUGUUGACAAGUCUGAAGUCGUGGGAGUUAUCAAGGAACUUCUAUACGCAUUCAUUGGCGGUCAGAACAGUUUUGUUCAGUACUACAACAGUGUCAGCAAAACUAUCCCAAUUUUCUCCGAUUCUGCUACUCAAACCACCUUCGCCCUGAUCACAGUUGAGAAUGGAUCUAUCCCGAACGUUCAAGAUAAGAAUGGAAAGAUGUUGGCUCCAGAUGUUUCUGGAAAACGAUUUGCGCUCUUCCGCGUCUAUCAAAGUGUCACUGACUCCAUCACAAUUUCUGGAGAUACUAUCCCGGUUCACAGCACUCGAGUGUGGUUCCCAUCUAUGGACGACGUUCUCAUUUCCUAUUCUGAUGAUGAUGCGGUUGACAAUAACUACGCCCACACAUUCAAUGGAUUCAGACAACGACCAGCAGUGUAUUCCUCUUUUGCCACCACAACAGGCUUGACUGUUACAAGACUCAACUCUUACAACUCAUCUAUCAUUCUCGGAGCAGUUGCUGAUGCUGCAAAGUCCGCUUCUUGUGUCUUCAAUUACCAACUCACAGCAGAAUCAUCAUGCAUUCCAGGACCAUUCGUUCAUAAUGUUGUCGUCGCGGCCACUGACAGAAACAAGUAUCGUGCCGUGCCAGGAUACUGUUUCACUCCAGAUACCCACUCGGCUCCUCUCUGGUCAUGCAUCAAUAACGGUACCCGUAGCGGUGUGAGCAGUUGUAAUUGCGCUACCAACUGGGAUGGUCUUCAUUGUGAAGUUCCGAAGUGUUUGAACGGCGGAUACCCAGACAAGUUCCCCAACGGAGGAGGCCAUGGAAACUGCAUCUGUCCAUUUGGAGUCACUGGAAGCUUCUGCGAAAUUAUGUCCUGCCCAACGACAUCUCCUGACACUUUUCAAUCAUACAACAGAUCUUUUGCUCUCGUUGUUCAAAAUUCGCUCUCUGCCAAUCAAGCGAUGCUCAGACUUAACGAUGGACUCACAGCUAUGCUCAACAAAGGACUAUCCAAUGAUUUUGAAGAUUACAUUCUGACCACGUACAAGACCAGAGUUAUUGGAGGACUACCAGUUCCGGAUGUAACUUCUACCAAAUUCAGCUCAGCGUCUGCUUUCGUGAAUGCCACUACUGAUGAUGGAAUCAUGUGGUCAUACUCUCCAAAUGGUACCCAACCAGGAUUGUUUGCCCUUGAGACCACACUGAGAUCGAUGGAUUACGACAAGUCGUCUAUUUUCUUUUUCACCGAUUCCGAAUCUUCGAUGGUUGAGGGAACUUUGAACUUUACUGAUAUUGUCCAACAAGCAGUCGAACGCCAAAUCGAGAUCUCUAUCGUGAUCAUUCCUCCUUAUGGAUCUCUCGACCUCUGCCCAGCUGAUAACUUGUUCUUGACUUACGAAGACUUGGCUAGAAUGACUGGUGGUAACUUCAUCAACUUAUGCCAGCCAUAUACUACAUCCGGAGAUCCAGUCUUCAAUUUCAUCGGCUCCUAUGGAAGCACUCACCAUCAUACUGAAGUUGUUUCUUACUACGCAGUCGAUGGUUGCGCACAGUUUUUGUCUCGUAACUUUUCCAUCUCCAGUGCUACCAAUGAUGCCUAUGUCACUGUCUAUUCUCCAACCAUUCAAAACUUCACUGCAACCAUCUUCGAUAUUGUUAAAGGAGGAGACGGCGUACCACUAGUCCCAGAUUCUUAUUCUGUUCCAUUCUUCGCCAGUUUCCAAAUCAAAAUCGCAAACGGAUCAUCUCUACAGUAUGCCGUGAACAUCAAGGGAUCUACAGAUGGACAGUGUUUCGUGAGAGUCUCCGAGCGUAGUCAGUUCUCUGCAUACCUUGGCUUCUCGCCAGACCCAUCUUUCGAUCGUUUCUCCAAAGAUCUCACAUAUGCAACCCACCAACAACCAGUUAUUCAUUUAUCUUCAACUCUUCAAUCCGAGCCAUUCAUCACAAUGACCAGCUAUGACAUUGACAACAACUACCUCUAUGAUACUCCAUUCGUAAAAAGAACAUCCGGAUGCAAGUACGAAUACAUUAUGAGAGAUCAAUUCACUUGCCAGAAGGCUGGUGACACCUUCACAAUGGAAACUACGAUUGAGACUCAUGAAGUGACGAUUAUGAGAACUCAAAGAGCAUUUUGUAGUGACCUUGUUGGAUGUAUUAAUGGAGGAAUUCAAUUGGCUGGACAGUGUCAAUGUAUCAACGGAUACCAAAGUCUUCAUUGUGAAGUUCCAACCUGUCAGAAUGGAGGAUCAAUUGUCGAUUUCAAGUGCCAAUGUGAUGCCAAACAUGACGGAGACUCUUGCCAAUACACCAAAUGUAAUGACUGGAACUUCGUGGAGACUCAUGAUCCAAGAGAAUACAACUUCCAACAAAUUGUGUUUGUUGUCGAGGUCAACACUAAGAAUAUGGUUUUCCCCAACUCUUUUCUUCUGAAGAAUAUCCAGGCAUUUGUGGAUGGAACUGAUGACAUCAAUAUUCCAAAGUUAUACACCCUUGUCACAUUCGAUGAUGCCAACAUCAAUGUACUCGUGUCUUCAACGCAGAAGGAUGUUUUCAUCUCAGCCUUCUUGAAUGGAGUCACUGUCGGAAUCAACACUCCUGCUAAAGUCAAAGGCCUCGAAGCUAUCAACACAGCCUACUCUACACUUUUGGAUCUUCCCGGAAUCAUUUACAUGUUCACUGCUACUGAUUCAGCUAGCAACGUGGCAGCAGUUCGUCAAAGAUAUGGAGUUCAAGUCAAUGUGGUUUGGAUGGGAACUGAUCUCACUCCAACCAACAUCAAUUACUACUACUCUGCCAUCGCAAGACAAUCAAACGGAAGACUUAUUCCAGCAAAUGGCCUCCAAACUAAACAGAUUCUCAAUGCUCUCAUCCCAACUGUCAAUGAGAAUCAACUUAUUCUUGAUGAUGCCGCCAAGGACUGCACCGCCGGAGCUAACUUUAAAUUCCCAGUUGGAAGCUUGGCGACAAGAUUAACGCUUUUGGCCACUGGAACUAAUGUUUUCUUGACUGUCACUGAUGAAAAAAACAACAAUGUGGAUUUGACAAACUCCAGCACUUUCACCGACGUCAACACCCUAAUCAGAACAAUUAACGCCGUUGGUCACUCCGGUGGAACAUGGAACGUUAACGUGAAGAGUACUGGAAACUGUUUCCUCCAAGUCCGCGUCAAUUCUCCACUUCAAGUGAUUCCAAAGUUUACCAACGAUCAAGGUGAUGACUAUGGAAGUGGAACACCAAGAGCUGGAGCUGGAGCACAACCCGCUUCCUAUAUCACUUUCCGUAUUAUGGAUAGUUAUAAUUCGGAUUCCAACAACUUUGGUUCUUCGAUUUCGGUCAUUGAAUCAGCUGACACUGAUCCGGAAACUCCAUGGGCCACAACUAGUAACUUCAAAAAUACCACAGUUUUGACUAGAGAUCCAGUCGGAUGUGCCAGUCAGUUUGUGACUCCAUUGAUGACGUGGACAAGUACCUAUAUGAAAUUCGUUGUUCGCGGAUUGGAUUCCAAUGGAAAUCAAUUCCAAAGAACAUUCUUCUUCAAUAAAAGUGGAUCCAAAUCUGACUGCCAAAACGGUGCCACUGUUGACAGCUACGGAUUCUGUCAAUGUGCCGACAACUACUGGGGAAACCUUUGCCAAAUGAGAAGAUGCCAGAAUGGUGGACAGUCCGCAUAUGGAUUGUGUGAUUGUCCAAACGGAUAUUAUGGAAAUUUCUGUGAACAAUACAUUCAAGCAGCAUAG